UUAAAAAAAAGCAAGUUGUGGUGAGUACAAAACCUCCAGAAGAAUCGGUCAAGAUUUCUCUCAAGGACUGUUUAGCUUGCAGUGGUUGCAUAACAUCAGCAGAGACAGUUAUGCUUGAGAAGCAAAGCUUGGAUGACUUUGUUACUCGCAUCAACUCUGGCAAAACCGUCAUCGUAUCUAUGUCUCCCCAGUCAAGAGCAUCAUUAGCUGCAUUCUUUGGUCUUUCUCAGUCACAGGUUUUCAAAAAACUAACUGCUCUGUUCAAGUCGAUGGGCGUGAAGGCAGUGUAUGACACAAGUAGUAGUCGAGAUCUGGCCCUAAUUGAAGCAUGCAAUGAAUUUAUUUCACGCUAUAAGCUGAGUCAAUUGUCUAGCGACAAAGAAGUUGGAACAAGUCUUCCUGUGCUUUCAUCUGCAUGUCCAGGUUGGAUAUGCUAUGCUGAAAAGACUCUUGGUUCAUAUAUCUUGCCCUACAUCUCAUCUGUAAAGAGUCCCCAACAAGUGAUUGGUGCAGCUAUCAAGCAUCACAUGGUUGAAAAACUUGGUCUCAAGCCGUAUGAUGUGUAUCAUGUUACUGUGAUGCCCUGUUAUGAUAAAAAACUUGAAGCUGUCCGGGGCGACUUUGUUUUCUCAGUGGAAGAAAAGGAAGUUACAGAGGUGGACUCGGUAUUGACAACUGGUGAAGUGUUGGACUUGAUACAGUCCAAAUCUGUUGAUUUCAAGACAAUGGAGGAAUCUCCUUUGGACAGAUUAUUAACAAAUGUUGAUGAUGGUGGUCAUCUAUAUGGGGUUUCUGGUGGCUCGGGUGGUUAUGCGGAAACCAUCUUUCUUUAUGCAGCACGUGCACUCUUUAAUAGGGAAAUAGAAGGCCCACUUGAUUUCAAAAUCUUGCGAAAUUCAGAUUUCUGUGAAGUUACACUGGAGCAAAGUAUUUAG